UUAGACUAAAAGAUCUUUUUUGCGUGCUUUCUCUUCAAAGAACCCUAGUCUCCGUUUUCAUCUUCCUCAAACCCUCAACACUUCCGCCUUCAUCGUUCCGACCGUUUUCUACGAAGUUGUCGCUUUGUAUUACCUCUUUGUCUCUCUUCAAGAAAAAGAGCGAUGGUGUUCAAAAACAGGUACAUGGUGAUGGAGGUUUUUAUGAAUCCUAAUAGAGAACAAGCAUCGGGUGAUUCUAUUAUAAUUACUCAGUUUAAUAUCUCUAAUGCUAUAAAAGAUAGCAUCAUGGUGAAUUUUGGGGAGUGUGGUUUGGCGGCAUCACUAGGAUCAUUUCAGGUUAAGUAUGUGAAUCCAAUCACUAAUGUGUGCAUUAUUAGAGCUUCAAGAGAGGAGCAUGAAAAAGUAUGGGCUUCUAUUACUAUGGUUAGAAGUAUUGGAAAUUUUCCAGUGGUGUUUAAUUUACUUGAUUUAUCUGGAAAUUUACAGGCUUCUAAAACCGCCGCAUUGAAGUGCGAAAAAGCAAAAUUUGAACAGUACAAACUUAUGGUUGGUGAUCGAUUGUCAGCUGACGAUACUCAUCGUAUGAAUAAUCAUCUUGCAAAGAUUGAACUUUUGGAGCACUGAAUACUUGGCCAUCAUCAAGGGCGUCAAGGAAAAGGGGCUAACUAACCUGGAGCUGCAUACCCAAAGGUGCCUGCAAAUGUGGUCCAGCUGCUUGAAUCAGGCUUUAGAAACUUGGCUGUUCCAAAAUCUGAAAGUUGAGCUUCAUAGGAUGAAUCCAAAAGAACAUUCUUGCUUGAUAUGUCACGAUGAACUAUCGGAGGUAUGCAGUCGUGAUGCAUAUAGGACAAAGCAUUAGCCACGCCUCGAACAACAUUCACCCUCUUUUCCCAAUCAAAUGCAGUGGCUUUUGUGUCAUUGUUUAGCAUUUGAGUCAAAGUUCCACCUUCCAAGAACUUAUAAACCAAAAAUGAGAAUCUUGAAUGUUGACAAUAUCCGUAGAGCUUUAUGAUGUUACGAUGCCUGAUUU